UAAAAAUCAAUAGGAGAUGCAAGGAGUGCAGUUAUAAAAGCUCAUAUCAAGAUGAGCAGAGGGUGACAGUCUGCACUUCCCUUCUUUAAAGGGGCUUUAACAGCUGUCAAUGUGCAUUUGGCAGGGAUUUUACCAGCAGUUUGUCCCCGCAUGGCAGUGAUUUUACCCAGGAUUGGCUGGACCGAAAGUCAAAGUCCCUGCUAUUCCCCAGACCUGUGAAAAUAAUGACCAUGGCUGUUAUCCAACACAGCAACCUACAAACGGAAAACAUUCUUCUUCUGUUGCUGGUUUUCAUUCUUUCUUGCGUAUACCUCUGGAAAAGAAGUGUAUCUAGCUUCCCAGAGGGUCCUUGGAGCAUUCCAUUCACCAAGAAUCAGAAACUUCUUCAUGCUCGACCCCACAUAAGACUGACCCAGCUUAGAGAUGUGUACGGCGAAAUAUUUAGUGUAAAACUUGGUCGGCAGAGAGCAGUAGUUGUGAGCUCAUUUGAGGGCCUAAAUGAAGGUCUGGUCAAGAAAGCUUUCACACUUAGUGGAAGACCUGGUAGCUUACUCUCUGGAGUCUUUAACAAAGAAUUGCUUCAAUCAAAUCCAAGUCUUGACUUCAAGAUAAAGAGAGACUUUGCCUUGAAGAGCCUGAACAGUUUGUGCUAUAAACCCCACAUUGAAGAGACAAUGAAAGCAGAGACAGAAAAAUUGGCUUCAUUUCUACUGAGCCAAAGAAAUGUGCCCCACAUUCAGGCAAUAUUAGAACCAAUUUUCCUAAGACUCAUAAUGUUUGUGGUGAAUGGAAAAUUAUACUCAAAUGAUGAUGCAAAUUUUCAUGAAAUUUGGAAGACAUUUCAAAUUAAUUCUCAGCUCCUUGUGAGUAAAUGGGAAGAUUUGAAAAGUAUUUCUCUAUUUCAAAGUUCAGUUUCAUACAACUUCUUUCAAAUCAGAGAGAGAUCAGAAAUACAAAUGGCGUACCAGAGAGAUAUUGUUAAUAGGCACAAGGAUUGUUUUAACCCCAACAUAGUCAGCGAUUUAGUGGACUGUAGCCUGGUGAUGUUGGAACUGAAUGAAGAUAGCGGUGUGCUUUCCCAAGAAGACCUAGAUGGAAUAUUUGUUGAGUUGUGUUCGUCUGGAAAUCAACCGAUUUCUGCUACCUUAGCCUGGCUUAUACUUUACGUUUCAUACUUCCCUGAUGUUCAAGAUAAGAUAUACCAGGAGUUGACAUCAGUUAUGGGCAUUGAGAGGUCUCCACGGAUGAGCGACCAGCCACACUUGCCAUAUACAUGUGCAGUCAUCCUGGAAACACAGCGGCUAGCAACGGUCCUGCCAUUCAUGUACCCACACAUGGCUACUGAGGAUACACAAUUUAUGGGGUACAAAAUUCCGAAGGACACGGCCAUGUUGUUUAAUGUUUGGAGUCUGCACCAUGAUGCCAAACACUGGAAACAUCCCAUGAAGUUUGAUCCAGAUAGAUUUUUAGAGGAUGGUGAUCUCCGAAUACCGGACCAAUACUUGCCGUUCGGUGACGGACUGCGAUCUUGUCCAGGGGAAGGAAUAAGUGAUAUUCUGCUCUUCUUGUUUUCUACGAAUCUUCUGUAUUAUCUUCGAUUUGACCUUCAGGGGAAGGUCGACCUGGAAGGUGAAAUGAUGGGUUACGUUUUGGCACCUAAACCCUUCAGUUUGACGGUCACUCCUCGAGAAACUGUUGUCAUAGACAUAGCUGCAGAACUUGGUGAAACGCUUGAAACUUCUGUUUGUAUGAUAGAAGAUGAUGUCUCAUUUGACGAUGUUUUGGAUUGAGACAUCUUUUUUAAACAUGCAAUGGAAUGUGCAGGGCCAAGCUCUAAGCCAAAAAAUGAUCAAACGAGUUGAUUGUUCAGAUCUUUGUUAAUGUUAAUGACUUUACUAACACAAUCGUUACUUUAAAAUCUUUACUGCUCUUGAAGUUUAAUGAUAACACUUGUGAUCUGCAAUAUUCCUUACACGAUUAGAGACCACUGUUUCAGCUGUAUUCAUUUUAUUUGAAUAUAUUAGCACAUCAUCAAAUAGUUAACUUUAAAAAGUUAACAAUGAUGCUGUUCUGAACAAAGGGCCCCUUGUUUUAUUUCUGACUAUCUUUCCAGGUAAAUGUGUUCUUUUAUUCUGUUGUUGUUUGUAUGUUAAGUUUCACAGAACUGCUUUGAUUUCAAGUAUUUUUCAAAAUGUGUUUUGAAUCCCUUCUCGUUAACACUAUGACUGUAAACAUUAUAUUAAUAAGUUACCUGUUUUUAACAUAUUGCAGAGCCUAUGUUUUGGUGAUACCAGAAAAUAUUUCAAAAAGACAUGGUUAUUCAGUAUUCAAAACACGCAGUAGUAUGAAUUUUCUCUACUGAUAAGUCAUUGAAAUUCUAGUCUUUGUCUUUUGAAUAUUAUUUUUUGCUGAACACAUUAAAAGAAUUCAUGAUAGGUUUUAUAUUUAAUUAUUUAAUUUAUAUUUUAAAUUGUUAUUCAGAAAUAUAUUCUGUUUUUUAAAAUCAAUCAAUAAAACUUAAUAUCAGCUCAAAGAAUUUAUUAUAUAUAUAUUAUGCCAAAACUGGUUUAUAUACACUUUUGAUCUCAAAAUUUGCAAUCUUUUAUAUUUUACACUAAACGCAGCAUUUAAAAGAUGCAUGGUUGGUUUUGAUCCCCUUUAUCGUAAUUAAGUAUUAUAGCUCUCUAAAAUGACACUUAGUCAUUGUAUGACUACACCUGUCAGAUACUGAAUUCCACUCUGCAGAGCUAAAUUUUGUAUUUUCUGUACCAGAUCAAUCACAUAUUACUCAGCAUAUUAUUGGGGUUACCAUUCAGUCCUUUACAAACAAAUACUGUGCUAAACAGUAUUUAUUCAAUGCUGUUCUGACUCAAUGUUUACAUAUUGUUCAUGCAUGUACCGUAAUGAUUUCUGUAUACAUGCUGUUACAUAGAAAUAAGCUUUUAAAUGUUGGUAAAAUAAUGCUUGGUAUAUUUCUGCCCUUUUUCUUACUCGCAAUGUUAUUCAAUGACAAAUCAUAGAAUGUGACAUAAACUGUACACAAGCAAAAAGACUGAUGACUUUGGUUUAUAUCCCAUUUAAUGGAGGACAAAAAUUAAAAAUCAUUGCGAUUGUCAAUAAAACUAGUGAUUAUACCUUAUUAUCAGUCAAUAACUGUAUAUAAUACCUGUUUGGUUUGCCAGUUUUUUUAUAUUCAUGUGCUGUAAACUGUGAUCACUUCUGAUUGGCGUUUUUGACAUUUCUGAUCUUCAUUUAAAUGUCUUUUGUUUUUUUUCGAUUUUUAGCUUGACUAUUUGAAGAAUAAGGAGUCUUUACGACUUGCUCUGGUAUCAGCGUUUGGUGAGAGUUUUAUGGCAGGUUGGCAUUUGCACUGCUUACUCCAAUACCCUUCAUUCAAUUCACUUAAUACUUUAUACAGUUGUUCAGGACCAUCACACAAUGAGGUAACAUAACUCCAUAUCAUCCUUAAUUCAAAUUAUUGCCCCUGAUUGACGUAGGAACUUAAGUUUAAGUUUAAGGGCACACUGAGUCAGAUUAAAGCUUGAAGGCAAGUUUGGAUUUUUAUUUACAACUUCUAUAACCUUCAUUCAUUUGACUUAAUACUUACACAAUUAUUGACGACAAGCUAACAAUUAGGUUAUAUAACUUCAUAUGCACCCUAAAUACAAAUUAUGGCCCUUGAUUGACUUUUUUGUAACUUAUUGCUUUUGACAGGCACAUUUGUCACAUAGUAUAACCUCAUUAUUAGAAUGAUGUACUUCGUUGUUCGUGCGGGCAGGCAGCUUGGCAGGUGGCGUCAAAUCUACCUAUGAAACUGAAUAACGUUUGUUAGAGUACAAAUAUCUUGACCAAACUUUGUAUAAAGAUAGAAAUUAUGGAGACCUUUCAUGGGACUUAAAUUAGGGACUCUAGGGUCAAGGUCAAGAUCAAUGUAACUAAAAAUAGAAAAACAGUUGAAACGGAAUAACUGUUGUUAGGAUUGACACACCUUGACUAAAAUUGGUAUUUAGGGGGAGUUUAUGUAGACCUUUCAUGCGUUUGGGGCCCCUGGGGUCAUGGUCAAGGUCACUGUGACUGAAAAACGAUUGAAACUGAAUAUCUUAAUUAGGGUUGACAUAUCUUGACUACACUUAGUGUUUAGGAAGAUUUGAUGGAGACCUUUCAUGGGAUUGUGGUGGGGGCCCCUAGGGUCAAGAUCACUGUUACUAAAAUAGAAAAAUGGUUAGUACUGAAUAACUGUAGUUACGGUUGACAUAUCUUUACUAAAUAUGAUAUUUAGAAAGAGUUUAUGGAGAAGUUUCAUAGGGGACCUUUCAUGGGAUUGUGGUGGGUGCCCCUAGGGUCAAGCUCACUGUUAUUAAAAAUAGAAAAAUGAUUAGUACUGAAUAAAUGUAGAUGGUUGACAUAUCUUUACUAAACAUGGUAUAUAAAAAUAGUUUAUGGAGAAGUUUCAUAGGGUUGCAUUUGGAGCCCCUAGGAUAUAUUUCAAGGUCACUGUUAUUAAAAAUAGAACAACUGUUGAACUGGAAUAACUUUAUUUAGGGUCGACAUAUCUUGACUGAACUUGGUAUUUAGAAAGAGUUUAUGGAGAACUUUCAUUGAAUUGCAUUUGGAGUCCCUGGGGUAAAGGUCAAGGUCACUGUCAUUGAAAAUAGAUGACCAUUGGAGGACUUUUAUGGGAUUGUGUUUGGGGCCCAAAGGGUCAUGGUCAAUUUCUCUGUUACUAAAAAUAGACAAAAAAUGUUUAAAACUGAAUCUCAUAACAAAGGCUGAUUUUUUUCUGUCAAUCAUUAAAAACCUGGUUUUGUCACAUUGCAGCAUUUCUUGUUUACUUUUUAAUUUGACCUUUUUUAUUUUUGACAAGCACAUAGUACAUCAUUUUUGAGUUCAUUUCUUAGACAAAGCGGCGUAUAGUUAAGCACACUGUCCAAUGACAACUCUUGUAUAUGAAAAGUUUGUAAGUAGUAUGAACAUGCAUUUGAUAUGUUAUAUGUAUCACCAAUUUUGAUAUGCUCAGUAUUAUUGUAUGUAAAAGGGUAACUUUUAUUAUUUAUAUUAUACACUGUUUUGAAUUCCAAAUCUUCACCUUUUUCUGAUAUUGAAAUAAAUAAAUA